AUGACGACUGUCCAGCAACAGCACGUCGCCAAUCGGCCACCGUCGCCAUCGCCGUCACAGCUCCCUCCAGUGCCCGCCUCGCCCACCUACUCGUACGCGUCAACCGCGAACCCGCCCUCGGCAGCCAUGAACAUCUCGAGCUUCAACCUGCCGCUGCCGCCCCCGCCCCCGGCACAGCAAGCCGUCCUCACCAAGGCCGACCUCGCCGCAAGCCAGAGGUCCUACGCCGAUCUGCUAUCUACCGCAAAGGCAUACCGAUUAGCCCUCGCCGCCCUAUCUAAUGCCGCCUCCUCCUUUGGCUCCGCCCUGGAGUCAUGCGCCCGGCUGAAGGAGGCCACCUCCGACUCCGUACUCCUGGGCAACGCCCCGACCGCCUCCGUGACCUCCAGCGGCGGGUGCACCGCGGACAGCCUGCUGGCGGCGGCAGGCGUGCACCACCUUAUCGCCAACCACGAGCACAUCCUAUCCGAGACCGUGUACAGGAGCUUCGAGGUGCCACUACUGCACGAGCUGGACAAGUGGCGGCGGGACGUCGAGGACGAGGAGGCCUCGUACCUGGCGGCGGUCAAGCGCCAGUCGCAGGAGAUCCGCCGCCUCGAGAAGGAGGGCAUGAAGCUGCACCGGCAGCGCGGGCCCAGGGACGUGUCCAAGUUCCGCGGCCACCUGGUCGAGCUGACCACCAAGCUGGACGGCCUGACGUGCCUUCACGGCGAGCACAGCCGCACGCUGCUGCGCGAGAGCCAGGACACGAGCGUCAAGAUCCUGGAGUCGAGCUGUAGCCUCGUCCGGGCCGAGGUCGACAUCUUCGAGUCCCUAGCCCGCAAGGGCUGGUCCGGCGGCGGGCUGGACGAGCUCCUGGAGAAGGGCACCGACCUCUUCGCCGCCGAGCCCGCCCCCGCCGAUGCCGACGCCGACGCGAGCAAGCUGUUCAGCAUCCUGCCGCCCAAGAGCAUCCUCGCCGACACGGCCUCCGAGUCGGGCAUGGGGCUGACGAGGGCGAUGGUUGGCAACGUCGGCGGCCGGAAGGGCCAUGAGAGGGCAGACAGCCUGGGUGUCGUGUCCGAUCCUUACCAGAGCUUGGCCGGCGCCGUCAGCAGCCCCGAGUUCCGGGCGGUGCCCGACACCGACAACAUCAGCAUCUUCUCGGCCGACUUUGCCAGCAACGGCAGGCCCAGGAUGACGCGGCCUUUCUCGCCGCAACCGGUGAGGGUCAACCCGGAGGACGUCAUGGGCGGCACCGCUUCCGAUGACCAGUUCCACGGCGAGGGCGCCGGCUCCGCCGUCACCAGCGACGACGACGGGCCACCAUCCCCCGCGACGAUACGCAACGGCGGGAGGUCCGCAUCUGCCGACGGGUUUCGCAUGCCCUCGCACUCCGAUUUGUCCCUGUCCAUCAACGGUGACGAGGACGAGCAUCCAUGGGGGAGCAAGAGGAUCUCCUCCGCCGCGUCGGACCCAGACGAGAGGGAACGGAGGUGGAACGCUGCAGACAAUGGGAUGGAAUAG